UAUACUGUUGUUGGUUGGAGAACUGCUUUCUGCAUAUCUGAUGUCAUGGAGGAUGAAUCUGCUAUUCCUGUUUUAGAAGAUGAGGCAAUUCAAUUUGAGUGUCUGCUUGUUGAGCCCCAAGAUGAUCAUGUUUCAGUGGAUGCUUUCUUAUGUUUUCAUAGAAAUAGCCCAGAGAAGUGCAUGGAAAUGGAAGAUAUUCCCUGCAAAUUUGGUGGGGACAAUUUUGGCACUGAUCCUGAGCGGAAACAUCUACUGGGACAAGAACGGGGACUUGAUAUAAAGCACAGUGAAAUUGAGGCUGAAAAUUUUCUAGCACCAAAUGGUCCAUCUAGUGUAUGUGAAGAUUAUCUUCUAGAUGCUGACUUUGGAGAAAAUGGUAAAAAUUUGGAUCAUGAUUCAAGUAUAGAAUUGCAGAAACUAGUAUCAGGAAGUUAUGAUCCAGCGGACAAUGCUGGUGAUAAUGAGACUUCUCAUAAAUCAGAUUUAUCAGGUCCUACUGUUCUGAACAAGUGCAUGGGCGAUCCUGACAUGAAUGACAGCACGUCACAUGAUAUUUUUAGCUGCACUGCUGAUAGUGAAAUGUCGCUUGAGGAGAGGUGGUUCAAAUACCCUACAUUUACUGUUGAAAAUAUGGAGGAAGAUGUUUCAAGCUUGUUUUUGGAAAGCAAUAACAAAACGAUGGGUUGCACUCAUAAUGUUGCAUCAGGAGAAGUGCUUUGCCCUUUGACUGCAAAUCAAGAAACUAAACAUGUCCCGAUGGGCGAAAAUAAAAAUGUGUCUCUUCUAGGGAAGGAUGCAUCACCAUCAAAGAGCCCCAUCCAAGCCAGCAUUGCUACUCAUGCUGAAAAGAGAUUGCGUAAGCCCCCACAGAGGUUCAUUGAUGAACUAUCAGAACCUAAAUCAAGACCUCCCAAAAGAAGAGAGGUUUCCACUCCAUCUUCAAGGGGUAAAUUUCCCCGAGUUGGUUCUCACAAGCAUUGUGAUAUUAAAUCUAGAGCAGAGAGAUUAUCUUCUGAGGACUCUGCAGGAAAAGCUAUCCAAGUGCCAUUCGGUCCUAUUGUUCACAAAGAGGGUCGGACAAGUUGUGCUUUGCCUUUGGUACCGAAAGAGAGUCGGGCAAGUCGUGCUCCUAUUGUAGCAAAGGUGUUACAACUUGAUAAAAAACCUUUGUUACAACCCCAUAAACAAGCUUUUGUACCACGCCAUAAAGAAGCUGUGCUACAACCCCACAAAGAAGCUGUGUUACAACCCCACAAUGAAGCUUCAGUGGAUGAGUCAGAAGAGGAUGAUAUUGCAGAGGUGAAAUUGGGAGAAGAUGGUGGCCGACGGAAGCAUCAUAUUUUAUGGACUGUUUCUGAGGUCAAAAAGUUGAUUGAUGGCGUUUCUGAGUAUGGGGUUGGAAGAUGGAGCCGUAUAAAGAAAGACUUGUUUCCAUCAUCGGCACAUCGUACACCUGUAGAUCUUAAGGACAAAUGGAGAAAUCUUUUAAAAGCAAGCUGUGCUCAAACAGAAGGCAAGAAAGGGGAAGAUAGAAAACGUAAUUUGGCUUGGCGUCCUCUGCCGAAAACCAUCUUACGACGUGUCAGUGAACUUGCCACCAUUCAUCCAUACCCAAGGGACCUGCGGUCCAAGCGCUAGUGCUGCUUUACCAUGAUUCUUCCUCCUUUUAGCCUUGUUGGCGCAAACUACUGCUGUUAGAGUUGCAACGGAAGGAUAGUUUGAAAUUGCAUCGGCUUGACCAGCCAUGGAAAGCUGAAACAUUUCUGGCCCCUUUCUCUACUUGUGUAGUUACUUUGUAUGGAGAGACAUCUAGAAACUUGGAACUUGCUAUAUUAUAGCGUGCACAUAGUGACUGCAGUCAUUGCCACUGCUUCUAGAUCUGCAGGAAAACUCAUUAGUUCUGGGGCAAUUAGUUUCGUGAUCUUUCUUUUUAAUCGUCUCUGUAUGAAAGAUUCUAGUGGAUUCAA